GAUUCCGAGGGAGCUCCUGAAGGCAGCAUUUGGGAUCCAGUAUCAGCGAAUCCACAGAGAUUGGCAACAGACUGUUGCUUUUUACGAUGAAUGUUGUUUAGGAAGCAGUGACACUGGACAUUAUAACGUAGUUUGGCGUUAGUGACUCACACGUUAGUGUGAGGUUCCGCUUAAACUGUCAGCAGAGAGAAAUGACAUGUCAACGUCUGAACUUCUCCCUCUCGAACCCAACUCGGCUACAACGUUGAAGGAGACGGAGUGAACGCCGACUGAAGUUUAUUACUCGAUAACAAAGAGGGACGCUCUCCUUCUUUUUUUGGAGCCAUUACUCGACGUCAUUUGUAAAAGUAUCUAAAAUGCAAGAUGUAUUCAUCGACGGCGUUCGGGUUGUAAAAGGACAUGGAGCACGAGGGAGGACCUUCUGAGUAAAAGUGAUUGGCCUAUAAAUAUAUUCAGGACCGUCGCUUCAUCCAACCUACGCCACUAGAUUGGAUCUGCUUACUUAAAUGUAAAGGGUCGUUUGGUUCAAGCAACCAUGGAUAUCUUUCCCCGGCCAAGCGGUGAAAUCCAGAGGAGGAACCCUCAGCACGACUUUGAGCUCAUCCAGAGGGUGGGAAGUGGCACAUAUGGAGACGUGUACAAGGCUCGAAACAUACAAACUGGGGAGCUUGCUGCUGUGAAGAUCAUAAAGUUGGAACCAGGAGAUGACUUUUCCAUCAUACAGCAGGAAAUCUUCAUGGUGAAGGAAUGCAUGCACCACAAUAUUGUGGCCUACUUUGGGAGCUACCUCUGUCGAGAGAAACUUUGGAUAUGUAUGGAAUACUGUGGUGGAGGAUCUCUGCAGGACAUUUAUCACGUGACGGGACCUCUCUCAGAGCUUCAGAUAGCCUACGUCAGCAGAGAGACUUUACAGGGUUUGGGAUAUCUGCACAACAAGGGCAAGAUGCACCGUGACAUUAAGGGUGCGAACAUACUUCUCUCAGACAACGGUGAUGUAAAGUUAGCUGACUUUGGAGUUGCAGCCAAAAUAACAGCCACCAUUGCCAAAAGGAAGUCCUUCAUUGGAACACCUUAUUGGAUGGCUCCAGAAGUAGCAGCAGUGGAGAAGAACGGUGGCUACAACCAGCUGUGUGAUAUUUGGGCAGUAGGCAUAACGUCCAUAGAGCUGGCCGAGCUGCAGCCGCCAAUGUUUGACCUGCACCCGAUGAGAGCCCUGUUUUUGAUGUCCAAGAGCAGCUUCCAGCCUCCAAAGCUAAAAGACAAAAACAAAUGGUCUACCGCCUUCCAUAACUUUGUCAAAGUGUCUCUGACAAAGAACCCAAAGAAGAGGCCCACUGCAGAAAAACUUCUAUCGCAUGUGUAUGUAGCCCAGACAGGUUUGACCAGGAGGCUCGCUGUUGAUCUCCUCGAUAAAAUGAACAACCCAGACAACCACGAGCAUUACAGCGAGGUGGACGAUGAUGACCCUGAGCCUCUCUCUGCAGUCAGACACACCAUCCGCUCCACUAACAAACAAGCCCGAGCAGAGAGGACGCGCUCGGAGAUCAACUCAAACAAUGGGAAAGACCAAGGAGGGCCAGGCUCAAGUGCAGUUGAUAAGCUCCAGUUUGAACCACCUCUCCGGAAGGAAACUGAGGCUCAUUCUGAAAUGGAUGUGAGCAAAGAUAAUGACUUCCCUUCCCCCUGGAGUCCCUUUGCAGAGGGAGGAAUAACAACCAGGAGUCUUCUCAAAAGCGUUGAGGACGAAUUGUUCCAACGUGGACACAUUGCACAUCUUGAAGACGCCUUUGUUGAAGUGGAGCUGUCAACUCUCAAGCCAGGGGUUCCUCCUCCUCUGCCUCUGAAGCCACGAUUAAACAGCUCGCCAGAUGAGCUUGGCCUCAACGACGAGGGGUCUACGACGGUUCGGAGGUUCCCAAACUCUGAGAACGGACCGAGCCAGGUGGUCCGCAUACAGAGCACCCCGGAGCACCUGGGCAACAAGGUGGACCACUCGCCUCCGGAUUUCCUCUCAGUCAGCGUCAGUAGCCCCGGCCUUUUAUCUCACGCCUCUGAUCCUGCUCUCAGUAAAUCUGAAUGUAAAGAUAACGAUUCGGAUGACAGUGUGAAUGGAGGCGGUCCACAGAUGCCCCCCAAUCAACAGCACCGGAAGGAGAAGAAGGAGUUCCCUAAACCAGCCAUCAACGGUCUCCCACCCACUCCUAAAGUACUGAUGGGAGCCUGUUUCUCUAAAGUGUUUGACGGCUGUCCACUGAAAAUAAACUGUGCCACAUCCUGGAUUCAUCCAGACACCAAAGACCAGUACCUAAUCUUUGGUACGGAGGAUGGCAUCUAUACGCUGAACCUUAAUGAGCUGCAUGAAGCCACAAUGGAGCAGCUGUUCCCGAGGAAGUGCACCUGGCUUUACAUUAUCAACAACAACCUGAUGUCUCUAUCUGGGAGAACCUUCCAGCUGUAUUCUCACAAUCUCAUUGGGCUGUUUGAGCAGCUGAAGAAGCCCGGCUUGGCCGCACAGUUCCAGACGCAUCGCUUCCCAGACAAAAUCUUACCCAGGAGGUUUGCCUUAACAACUAAGAUCCCCGACACGAAGGGCUGUCACAAGUGCUGCAUUGUGAGAAAUCCAUAUACAGGCCACAAGUACCUGUGUGGAGCGCUGCAGUCGGGGAUCGUCUUGUUGCAGUGGUAUGAGCCCAUGCAGAGGUUUAUGCUUAUCAAGCACUUUGACUUCCCCCUUCCCAGUCCACUCAAAGUGUUUGAGAUGUUGGUGGUCCCGGAGCAGGAGUAUCCUCUGGUGUGUGUGGCCAUCAGCCAAGGCAGCGAGCCGGGCCAGGUGGUCCGCUUUGAGACCAUCAACCUUAACUCCUGCUCCUCCUGGUUCACAGAGAUUGGAAAAACUCAUCAGCAGGUGGAUGCAAUCCAUGUCACCCAGCUGGAGAGAGACACAGUAUUGGUGUGUUUAGACCAAAACUUGAAGAUUGUAAAUCUCCAGGGGAGACUGAAGUCCAACAAGAAGCUGGCAUCUGAGCUCAGCUUUGAUUUCUGCAUCGGAUCAGUUGUGUGCCUUCAGGACAGCGUCCUGGCCUUCUGGAAACACGGCAUGCAAGGAAAGAGCUUCAAGUCAAACGAGGUGACCCAGGAGAUCUGUGAUCCGAGCCGAGUCUUCCGUCUCCUGGGAUCUGACAGGGUGGUGGUUUUGCAGAGCCGACCCACUGACAACCACACGGCCCUCAGCAACCUGUACAUUCUGGCAGGUCAUGAGAACAGUUACUGAGCCUCCCCGAGAGAAAGGAGGAUGAGAUGCAAGUGUCUUUUUGGGAGGGAAACUCCAGACCUUCACCUCACGCGCGCUUCGAGGGAAAGGUCUGGCUUAAAACCGUUAUUGGGAGCUUUUGUUACUGAUGGCGGGAUCGACAGGUCAGUAAAGAGAGAAGGCUCUUGAGGUGGAUUCAUGAGUAGCCUUACACCAGCAACACGUUCCCUGUGGCGCCGCUCAUCUCAAACGACAAGGAAACCAUUACGAGCUGCAACAGGAGAGCCAGUAAGAGCUGCACGGUGGACUGAGUUACAAAUUAUGUUAAGGUAUUAUUAAUAAAAGUGCCAUUAAAAUUAAAUUCAUGUAAUUUUUAUUAGCGAAACUGGGAGAUUUAUUGUGUAUUACAUGUCACUCAUCUCUGCCAAUAGCUUGAGAGGAGAUUUUACCAACUAGUCAAACGAAUAGCUCAGUUUAAACCCAUGAACAUUGUGGGGAAUUAAAAAAUAUUUAUUAACCUCAUUUACUGGCCGUUUUAACAGAUCGUGGCAGUGCAGUCCUGCUGUGUGAGGACUAGCUAGUGAACAGCUGUUCAGAAUCCUUUGGGUUUUUUUCUUCCUGCAAUGUAAUAUAGUCUCAUCUCUCCUGCUCUGCUACACUUUUAGAAGUCUCGAGACAAUGUACAUUUUUUGUCUUUAUCUUCCUCUUUUAUAGGUCUUUUACUUCUCAUUAUUUGCACCAUGUAAGCACUUUUGUACAUUUUUUUUAUUUAAAAUGACAAAAUGAGGGACAAUGCUAGGUUUUGCUAACAUCUUUGCAUUCCCUUCGCAAAAUGUUUAAUGUAUGCUGUCUUUUUUGUAAUAAAAAAGCUGUUAACGAGAUAA